GGCCACUCUCAACUGUUUAAGAUGAGCUCGACGCAGGAAAAACCGGAGGAGCUGGACAGGAUCCAGAAGAGGGUCAACAAGAUCCUUGAGGCUCGCCUGGAGUCGGACAAGGACACAUUGGAUGCUCUGAGUGGUCUGUCCACUUUCUUCACGGAGAAUACGCUGCAGAAUCGCAGGAAUCUGCGUAGCCAGAUCGAACACCGCUCCGUGGGCAUCAACGAGAACUUUCUGAAGGCCUUCCGCCAGGUGAAGCUCUCGCUGGAUGCCGUGUGCGAAGAUCUGGACACGAUGGCCACGUCAGUAGAGACGAUGAAAUCGGAUCUGGAGACCUCAAAGGCGCUCACCAAGGAUCUGAUCAAGCAGACCAACACCAUGCAGCGGGAGAGGGACCGCUUGGAGGUGCAUAAGCAGAUUGCGCAAGCUUUUCUGGCUCGUUUUCAGCUAAGCGGAGCCGAGCACCAGUUACUAUAUGGCGCUGCCAAAGAUGCACCCAUUGUGGCGGACUUCUUUCGCGUAUUGGACAGAGUACAAAGCAUUCACGCUGACUGCCGGCUGCUGAUGCAGUGUGGAUACCAAACAGCAGCCAUCGACAUCAUGGAGGAGAUGACAUUGCAUCAGGAGGGCGCUCUGGAAAGGCUCUACCGAUGGACUCAGAACCACUGUCGCAGUUUGGAAAACAACGAAAUAGGUCCGCUGAUUGUGGAAGCCAUGAGCCGGCUGCAGGACCGUCCGGUGCUAUUCAAAUACGUCAUUGACGAAUACGCCAUUGCGAGAAGAGCGGUUUUGGUGCGUCAGUUCAUUGAGGCCUUGACGGAAGGGGGUCCUGGAGGGAACCCCAAGCCCAUUGAGCUGCAUGCCCACGAUCCGAAGAGAUAUAUUGGCGAUAUGUUUGCGUGGCUGCAUCAGAGCAUUCCCACCGAAAAGGAGAACCUAUCUUUGCUGUUCAAAAAGUGCGAUAAGCAGGGUAAGAUAAGAAAAUGCAUACAUUAUGGCACCAAAAUAGUGCUCUUCGUUUUGCAAUAGAUAUUUCCGACCAGCUGCAGAACGCUUUGGGCUACAUAGCCGAUGGAGUUUGUCAUCCUCUAAAGGUUCGAGUGGAGACGAUACUGCAGGCGGAGAAGGACACUAUUGUGUUGUUUACCAUUUCCAAUCUGUUACGCUUCUACCAGCAAAUAAUGCGCCAGGUGGUGCAGGGCGGCAGCCUGGAGGAGUGUUUGGUGGAGCUUCAGAAGAGCAGUGAGCAGAUCUACCUGGGCGCCUUGGCUGCCCAGGUGAGAAGUGUUUUGCAGCGUCCCUCUGGAGGAUCGGGCCUGGCCUUGGAACCGCCGCAAAGGGAUCUUGUACCGCCGCCAAGCGUGGCACGUUUGCUAAAUAUGCUCAAAGAGAUUCUUUCGGUGGCCACCAUGGUCGAUGGCCGGCAGGCCGACAUAACAAAGAUCGUGAGCUGCGUGAUAGAUCCGCUGCUGCAGUCCGUGCAAGAAAGUGCUGCCCAUCUGCCCACCGUGGACAUGGGUGUGUACCUUUUGAACUGUCUGCAUCACAUGCAAAGCUCGCUGGCUGUCUACGAAUAUAUGGAUGAGCGCGUGGAGCGGCUGCAGGCGCAGUCGGAUGCCCAGUUGGACACACUGACCUCCGAGCAGGCAUCAUCGCUGGUGGCGAACCUCAAUCUGGGUCCCAUCUACGCCAUUCUGCAGAGCAAUCAAUCUAAAAUAGAAACAAACCUGCUGAAGAUCUUCAUGUCCAAGAUGGACGCCUUUCUGGAACUACCCGAUGUAUUGCUCCUGCCGCAGGUGCAGCUCAUAAUGUCCAGCAGUCACCGGGCCGCCGUUCAGAAGCGAUCCUUCAACGUGAUCGUGGCCAUCUACAAGCAGAUCUACGAACGCGUCCACGAUCCGGCCAACGGCUUCGAGCAGCCGGAGCAGCUGCUGCACAGAACGCCGGAGCAGGUGGCUCACAUCCUGACCUCCACUUAGUGGAUUGGGUAUUCCAAUUUCUAUUGUGCAUUACUAUAAUUUAUAUGUAUUUAUAUGUGGGGAAGUUUAUUGUUAGCGUGGUAAAAUAAAAAACCAAUCGUAUAUCUGAUGCGG